CCCAGCACCACAGGAAGAGAGCAGCCCGGGUGCGGCUCCAGCCCAGGGCUUCCUGGAGUCCUGGGCUUCCUGCACUCUGGCCAAGACCUCCUAGUCCACAGGCUGGCAGCUAGAUAGAGAGGAGAGGCAGGACCCAGCCACAGGUAAGGCAGACAGGUGGCCUGAGGCAAGGGUCCUGGAUCCAGUCUCCUUCCCCACCUUACCCCAAGCCUGACUUCUCUCAGUGAGGACGCCUGAACAUACUACCCUGAGCAGCCCCCAAAACGACAUCACAAAAAGAACAGAACGCAGCUGAAGGGGUAAGUACAAAAAGCAGAAGGGGAAGGCAGUUGCUAGGCAACGGGCCGUAGCCCCCUUUGUUCACUCCCGUGACAGCAAUGAGGUCUGGUCAGGGCCACUUGGCCAUGCCAACACCUUUUCCUCGCAACAGUCAGGGUGCGGCUCGGGCCCCCAAAGCGUGGGGCCUGCAGGAUUACUCUGACCGGCCCGCUCUUAGGACACGGGAGUGUUAACAGCAGAAUCAGGUAGUGACUCCUUCCUUCUCGCCGCUACUCCCCUCAACUGGCUCCCGGCCCGCAGCCUGCCCAUCUGAGCUGCUUCAAGAUUAGCUAGUUCUUCUGUUUCCAGCUGCCUCCAGGGGAGCUUACUGAGGCCUCGGGUGGACUCAGUCCGCUCCUCAACUCCAAUGCUGAUCUCUCAAAAUGCUUCCCAAAUGUUUGGCAGUUGAGGCAGGGAAAACAGCAAGGAUCUGUAGCGGUUCACAUGGACAAACUGACAAACCAGAAGUUCAUGUGGAAUGAUGAGUUCUGGCAAAAUCCGUGGGACCAGGGAGGCCUGGCAGUGAUCUGCUUAUUCAUCACCACGAUCCUGUUUCUCAUUGUGUUUGCCAUUAUAUUUGGUUUACUCCCUCCACUUAAGGUCAAGCAGUAUGAAGAGUCGUGACCUGACUUUCUGGGGGGGCCAAGAAGGGGCCCACCUGUUAACUCUCAAAACACCAUGUACCUUUUCUUCAAAGCCCUUUUAAGAGUCUGCAAUUAUACAUAUAUGUUAACAUAAUUAAUUAAUUAACUAAUGUGAUUAUCUGAGAAGUGCCCGUCUUCCCCACUGAACAGAACACCACAAAAGCAGGGGAGGGUCUCUUCCUGCUCACCACUGUACCCCCAUACCCAAUGUACCUGGAGCAGAGUCCGUUUCAAACAAUAUUUGCUGGUUGAAUAAAUGAAUAAAUGAUCAAACAAAUGGA